AAAUUUAUACUUCAAGCAUCCAAUGGCUAAAGGUGGAAGAGAUAAAAAGUCGUCCAAAGGGCGUUUGGAUAAAUACUAUCAUUUGGCCAAAGAACAAGGUUAUCGUGCUCGUUCAGCUUUCAAGUUGAUUCAAUUGAAUAAGAAAUAUAACUUUUUGGAACGUUCUCGGGUAUUGAUUGAUUUGUGUGCUGCUCCUGGUGGUUGGCUUCAAGUUGCAACAAAAUAUAUGCCUCAGUCAAGUUUGAUUAUUGGUGUAGAUCUUGCACCUAUUAAACCGAUACCCAAUGUCAUUACCUUCCAAGAUGACAUUACCACUGAUCGCUGCCGACAAAACUUACGUCAAGAAAUCAAAACAUGGAAAGCUGAUGUUGUACUUCACGAUGGUGCUCCUAACGUUGGUGCUGCUUGGACUCAUGAUGCCUUUACACAAUCCGAAUUAGUACUUGUAUCCUUGAAAUUGGCUACUGAGUUCUUGAUGAAAGGAGGUACAUUUGUAACCAAGGUAUUCAGAUCUAAGGAUUACAACAAAUUGUUAUGGGUUUUUCAACAACUAUUCAGAAAGGUGGAAGCUACUAAACCUCCUUCUUCUCGUGGUGUAUCUGCUGAAAUUUUCGUUGUGUGUCGUGAUUUCAUUGCUCCUAAGAAGUUGGAUCCUCGCUUCUUGGAUCCCAAAGCUGUAUUUUCUGAAUUGGAUACAAAGGAAUCUAACAAAAUGAUUGAUAUCUUUAAGCCUGAAAAGAAGAAACGACAACGUGAAGGUUAUGAAGAUGGAAACUAUACUCUACACAAGACUGCUGAUGUAAUGGAAUUUAUCAAGGCAGAAGAUCCUAUUGCUGUUUUGGGAAGUUACAAUCAAUUGACUUUCAAAACGGAUGAAUCUAUGGCUAUAUUGAAAAAUCCUCUUACUUCUGAAGAUGUCAAGGUCAAUUGUGAAGAUUUAAAGGUGCUUGGCAAAUCUGAUUUCAAAUCCUUAUUGAAAUGGCGUACUGCUUUACGUACUCAGUACAAGCUGGACAAGAAAGAGGAAGAAUCUGAACAAGAAGAAGAAGAAGAAGAAUUGGACGACGACGAAAAGUUACAAGCAGAAUUGGAAAAUCUCAGCAAAGAAGAAGCUGCCAAACGCAAACGACUAAAGCGAAAGAACAAUGAAAAGAAGAUGAAAUUGAUUACUCGUAUGCAAUUGAACAUGACUGUUCCUAGUGAUAUUGGUCUAGAACAAGAAGGCGCUGAUGGCCAUACUCUGUUCAAUAUCCGAAAAAUCAACAAGGAAAAGAUGCUUGAACAAUUACAAAAUGGUAAUAUGGACUUGGCUGAUCAAUUGGCUGAAAGUGGAGAUCAUGAUGAUGAAGAUAUGUCUGCAUAUGGUUUUCUCAAAGACAAAGGGUAUACUCGUGAAAUGGAUCAAGAUAUUCGAGUUGGAAAUACUCAAGUAGUGGAUAAAGAUGAAUAUGACAGUGAAUUAGAGGAUCAACUAGAUGAAGACUAUGAACGCUAUAUUCAAGAUAAGGCUGAACGUAAUGCCAAAUUCCGCGCCAAACAAGCUCGUGAAGAACAAGAUGAAUGGGCUGGCUUUGAUGACAAGAACAACAGGAACAGUAACUCUAGAGCUUUGAAAGAUGAAUCUGAUUUGGAUAGUGAUGACAGUGAAGCUUCCAGCGAUGAUGAUCAACAAGAUAUCGAUGAUGAUAUGUCUAGCGAUGAUGAUGAUGAUGACAGAACUUUGGAUUCAUCUUCUUCCGUCACUUCUCUCAACAAAUCCAACAAUAAGAUCAGUAAACAAUCUACUACCAUGAAGAAAAAUGGUAACUCAUUAAUCAAUGAUUUGGGCAAACAGGCUUCUUUGGCUCGUAAAACAUCUGAUGGUCUUUCUAUGGGUGCAUCUAUGUUCUUUGAUCAAGAUAUCUUUGAUGGAUUGGAUGGUGAUGAUGAAGAAGAAGAAGAUGACGAUGAUGAUGAAUCAAAUGAACCAGUUGAUGUAUUGGAUUCUAGAAAACGCAAAGCUGAAGAGGAAUUGGAUGAAGAUAGUGAUUUUGAAAUGGAAAAUACUAAAGAAACCAUUCCUUCUGAUGACGAAAUGUGGAGUGGUGAUGAAGAUGAAAAUUCUAAAGCUGUCCGAAAAGCGCAAGAAACUGGUUUGAUGACGGCCGAAGCUGUAACCCUGGCUCGACAAUUAGUGAAUCGUGAAAAAACAAAAGAAGAUUUGGUAGAUGAAGGUUUCUCUCGUGAAGGAUUCCGUGACAAAGAGGGAUUACCAGCUUGGUUCCUUGAUGAUGAAGGCAAACACAACAAACCUAAUCUUCCUAUCACCAAAGAAGCAGUACUUGCUAUUCGAGAAAAACUCAAGGCAUUAGAUGCACGACCCAUCAAGAAGAUUGCAGAAGCCAAGGCACGCAAGAAAUAUAAGACAAUGAAACGAUUACAAAAGGCACAAAAGAAGGCAACGGAUGUGGCAGAAAAUGAAGAUAUGUCUGAAAAGGAAAAGUUAACAACGAUCAACAAGAUUCUAGCAAGGUCAACAAAAUCCAAACCCAAGAAGGAAGUCAAACUAGUAGUGGCGAAAGGUGCUAAUCGUGGUAUUAAGGGUCGACCUAGCGGUGUCAAGGGUCGUUAUAAGAUGGUGGAUGGAAGAAUGAAGAAAGAAAUGCGUGCUGUCAAACGUCAAGAAAAGAAGAAGGGUGGUGGUCGACGAAAAUAGAUGAUUCUUUUUUAUUAGUAUUAUUAUUUCUUAGUUGUAGUUAUUUAUCACAAUUCAUCAUUCUUUAUUAUUAUUCAUCUUCCUUAUACAUUGUUGCCAUAGUUUUUUUUUUUAUUUCUUUAUUUUGUAUGCAUUGUUUUUUUUUUCUUUGUCAAAUCCUAUUAUUGAUUAUCACUCAUUAACAUAACUUUGUUUUUAUCUUGGAAUAAACAAAAGAUUUCAUUUUCAAAUUACACGUAUUCUAUUUUAUAGACCUAAAUGAUAUAUAUAUAUAUACUUCUUCCUUCUUUUUUUGUUUUUAUCAUGUGACACGGUGAUCAAAAUGCUCCAAGCAGGAAAUUCCCAUAAAAAGUCAAAUCGGUAUAUUAUUUCUGUCAAUGUGACAUUGUAAGAUUCUCUUUAGGAUGAAUGAUGGAAUAUGAUCACUGUUACUUCGAUAAUGUUAAUAAGGUGAUCUUGUGAAUUGAAAUUAAUAGCUG